AUGGAGAAAAAAAUAGAACCUAUUAACAUCGCCUUGAACUCAUCAGUAAGUCAACAAAUUCUAGAAAAUCGUUUAAGGUUAGCGCCCAUAAUAGAAACUAUAAUUUUUUGCGGCCGACAAGGUCUUGCACUUAGGGGGCACAGGGAUUUCGGAAAUUUUCAGUUGGAGGAUCCUGACGAAAAUGAUGGAAAUUUUCGAGCUCUUUUAAGAUACAAAGCCAUGGGUGGAGACGAAACACUUAAACAUCAUCUAGAAAAUUCUUCAAAAAAUGCAAGAUACUUAAGUCCCACCAUUCAGAAUGAAGUGAUAAAUGUGUGCAAUAAAUUAAUUGUUCAAAAGAUUGUUGCGAAAAUUACUUCUGUUAAAUUGUUUUCUGUCUUAGCCAAUGAAACUAGUGAUAUAGCUGGUAUGGAGCAAUUUUCGUUGUGUGUUCGCUACUAUGAUAACGACAUAAAGAAAAUAAGGGAGGAUUUCCUACAGUUUGUAGGUGUAACUGAUCUAACAGGCAAAGGACUUGCAAAUGUUUUAAUGGACACUCUAGCAAAUUUACACAUAGACGGUAAUUUUAUGAUAGGUCAAGGAUAUGAUGGAGCCGCUGCAAUGAGUGGUCGACUUCAUGGGGCGCAACAAUAUGUUGCUGAGAAAUUUGAUUUGGCUAUUUACGUGCAUUGCGCAUCUCACAGUCUAAACCUAGCACUUUCUGAUGCCUGCGAACUACCAGCUGUGAGAAACUGUAUGGGAAUUCUUAAUAGUACAUACAACUUUUUUAACACACCAAAACGACAAUCUUUGCUUGCAAAUUCAAUAGAGAAAUUAACACCUAAAGCAUCAGCAUCUCGACUUAAACGAUUGUGCGCAACCAGAUGGAUUGAGCGUCAUGAGUCUGUCAACGUUUUUAUACAGCUUCAAAAAGCAACUGUUGAUGCACUGGAAAUUAUGUCAUCCUGGCACGAUACAACAACUUCUUCAACAGCGGUUCAACUUUUAGGAGCAAUUAGGAGUCUUGAGUUUCAAGUUUCUCUUAGAGUUAUCUCAAAAAUCUUUGCAAUAACACUUCCUGUCAGCAGAAUACUCCAAACAGAAAACUUUGAUCUAUCUGCGGCUCUAAAAUUUACAGAAGAUUCAAGUAGCCUACUAGUGAAUAUGCGGAAGGAUGCUGAAUCAGAAUUUACUACCGUAUUUAAUGAAGUCAAAGACAUUUGUGAGGACUUCGACAUAGAUAUACUUAUUCCACGUCGAGCUGGAAAACAAAUUCAACGCUGCAAUGUUAUGGCAAAUACGCCUGAAGAGUAUUACAGAAUAGCUGUAUUUAUUCCUUUCCUUGAUUCGGUUAUAUGUCAAAUAGGAGACAGAUUGCUAAAACAUAAAUCUGUUUUGAGAGGUUUUAUGUGA